AUGGCUGAGGCUGAGCACGAGUAUGAAGAGCUGAAAGCUGAUAGUGAGGAAGCGACAAGAAGAUUUGAGACAAUAGUGCGGCUGAUGAACAAAGAGAUUGUGCGAUUCCAAGAACAAAAAACAUUAGAUAUGGGGCUUGCUUUCCAUGAAUUUGCAAAGGGACAGGCACGUCUGGCAAAUGGUAUUGCUGAUGCCUGGCGAAGUCUCCUUCCCAAGCUUGAAGCUUGCUCUUCCGCAUAA